AUGAAACCACGUUCGAUGGAUGAGAAGCGAGAGCGAAAUUUGAGUCUUGGAUGGUGAGUUGGGAAACUUUUUUGAGGGAGGGGGGACUAGAAAAUUUUUCUCAAAAAUUAGGCCAGCCUAGGUUUUUUUUUGAAAAUCUAGAGAUUCUGUUAAAAAUACAGUCCAAGAACUAUAAAAAUUUUUGAAUAAUUUUUUCUAAAAUAAAUUUUUUUCAUUUUUCCAAGCCCUCCAAACUUGAAACAAAAAUUAAUUUUUGCAGUGUUCCACGUCAACCACUUCCCGGAUUCUCAGCCUACCUAGGAUCAAUCACAAAAUGUCCAAAAGGUCGAACUACCUUCCUACCAUUCGGAAAUUCUCGUCCUCUCGAUCCUCAAGAAUGUGUUGGAGUCUUCACUUCAAUGUACUGUAAUGAAGUCAAUUCUGAAUACUCAUUUCAACCAAUGUUUUCAUUAUCUGAUACUCCUCCAUUGGUUUCGCCCGAACAAACUGAUGAUGAAUCGGUUGGUUUUUUUUUGUUGUUGACUAGGGAACUUUUUUGGCGGGUAUAUAUAUUUUGAAAAAAACUACUUUUUUCAAAUUAUUUUUCAGAUGUUAUAAGUUUUUGAAAUUCAGAAAUCUUCAAUUUUUGCAGCCAACAAUGAUUCGAAAAAAAGAAUCAAGUUCAUCUGGAUAUGGUUCCUGUUGUUCUGAAGUCUCCAUUCCAAGCAUUAUCGGAGUUCCCCUAAAACCUCAAAGAUAUUACAAAGUUCCACGAAUUCGCCGCUUAUCAAUGCCUCCUUCAUACUUUGAAAAUGAAGUUACACGAGCAGUUGAUGACGAAUUCGCAAAUUAUGAAACUGAUGUGGUAAGUUAUCUUAUCCUAUGAAUAAUUUCAUUUUUUUUUUGAAAAAAAGAAUACUUAUGUAAAUUAUAAACAAAUAAAAUAAAUACAAAUCAGGUCAUUUUGUAAUUGUUUCCCUCUUAAAUUCUCCUAAUUUGGUUUGUCUUGUUGUUCUUUUUUCCUUUCAUUUUCAAUGUGAGACACAAAAAAAAUGAGUCAAAAUAUUCGGGAACAAUUGUGAUUCAUUAUUUUCCUUUUAUUGAAGUUUCAAACAAAAGAAAAAUAAAAAUAGAAUCAUGAAUUCUGAAAUGACCUUCUUUUUUUCGAAAUCAAGGAAAAGGUUUUAACCGAAUUAGUGAAUUAGCAAAACGAAAAGAUAGUAAAUUAGUUUAAUAUAUACAUUUUCUCUUUUUUUGUCAGGCUAAUUGAUUAUUAUGUUUUUUCUCAUAUUCUUUAGAAAAAGUUCAACGAAUUAGUAUAAUAAUAAUAUUAAUCUGAUAACAAUUUAUCUUUUAAUUUAUUGUUAUUAUUAUAAUAAUUGUUAUCUUUUUCUUUCUUUUUUCUAUCAAAACAAUAUCAGUUUUUUAUUAUCUUUCUUUUUUGCGCACUUUUUACUUUUUCCGGUUUUCUUUUCACAUCCAUUGAUAUCCUUUGUGCUCCUCUUUCUUUGUUUUUGUGAUCUGUAAAUAAAUCUGAACUCAAUUUGAGUCAACUCACCAUGUUUUUGCAGGACACGGGACUUCAAAUUCGUACAGAGAUUAGAGGAAUGUCUCGACCUGAGUCGGUUAUUCAGCUGGCUCGAAAAUUCGCGGAAAUAUCAGCUGCGCAGCAAAAAGAUCUUCAUAAAUCUCGAACACAAUUGGCAACUCCGGGAAAAGAGAAUUCAAUGUAUCAAAUUUCGAAGAGUGGGCCAUCUACUCCUUCCAGGCAAACAGGUAGUUUUUUAUCGAGUUUUAUCGAAUCAAUAUUUUUAUUUAGCUCCAACAAAUAUUGGGGGCAUCGCAUCGUUAAGAGGUUAGUUUUUUUUCACAUACUUUCCAAGUUUUCAAAAAAAAAAAAAGAAAAAAAGAUAGCAGCGAGUGGUUUCGAUCCACCGACCUCUGGGUUAUGGGCCCAGCACGCUUCCACUGCGCCACGCUGCUGACGAGCGAAACCAUGUUUGAUUGCCCACAUGUUUUUGAUGAAAAAAAAGGGAGAGAGAGAUAAGAAAAAGUGUGUGGUUGUGUGUGAGCGAACGAAUAAAUGAAGAGCAAAAUAUUAUUACAACCGACCGGAAAAAGUGGCGAAUUUUUACACACUUCGGACAUUUCGAGACUCUUGUUUUGUUUGUGCUCAAUCAAGUGAUAACAAAAUUUCAACUUUUUUUGUCUUUAGAGUUUUGAAAAUGUUUGCUCAAAUGAUUAUAGAUUUCGAUUUCGAAGCAUUUUCAAGGAAAAACUGGAAAUUGUUGGAAAAAAGUAAUGAACUACCCUUUUCCUUCUUCCAUUUUUUCCAAUUUCCCUGAAAAGUUCUUUUUUUAUUGGCCAGAAGUUCACAAUUUCAGAUGUUUUCUCUCUUUUUUGUUUUCGUUUUUCGCAUGACGGGAGACGGAAAAACGAACAAAAAAUGAAAAUGUUUUUUAUUAUCAACGAAAAUUGUUUCAGCAUCUGGUGGAGAAGCAAAAAUGUCGCGGCCAAACAUGUUCAAACAAAUGGAAAAAGUUGGAUCUGGGUGAGUUUUGAAGUUUGAAAAAAAUGAAGAUGAUCAUGUUUUUUAGUAAUUCAACAUCUUCAAUCGCACCUCGUCAACUCAAUCCGAAUUCUAUAAAAGACGCGCUUCUUAGAUGGAUUCAGAAUCGAGUUGCUGGAUAUCCAGUGAGUUAUUGGGAACCUACAGUGAUCGGGAAAGUGAGAAAAUUUGACACAAACCCCUAAGCGAUGAAAUUCAACGCGAAACUGAGAAGUUUAGAGAAAAAUAUUUGCGAUCCAAAUACCAGUAAUUUUUAUAAACAAUCUCUCACUUUCCACUGGACUUUGUCGGUUUAGUAAAAAGAUCAAAAGAUUCUAAAAGUAAUUUUUUUAAAUUCCGGUUGACCGAGACCACCCACGAAGUUUCUGACUGGCCUAAACUUCACCAAAACAAAAAAUACAAAUGAAAUAUUGAAGUUCAAAUCUUACUGUACGCGAAAGUGCGUCGCAGUGUUUGCACACACCAAUCAGCUGGACGUGGGGGGAAUUUGAAUUUUUUGAAAACACAAAAUUUUCUAUAUCCAAAAAUCAGAACUUUUGUUUUCAGAACGUCAACGUCACAAACUUCUCCUCCUCUUGGGCUGAUGGAAUGGCCUUUUGCGCUUUGAUCCAUCGAUUUGCUCCACAUUCCUUCGAUUUCGCACAACUCGACCCCCAAAAUCGACGAUAUAAUUUCGAGUUGGCUUUCAAAACUGCAGAGUGAGUUUUUUUAACCAUAAGAUUUAUUGAAGUUGACCAGAAACAUCGGAUAAUUAAUUUUAUUUUAACACAAAUUCCACAAACUUUUUCUGGUAGAUCAAAAAUAUUUUUCUCUAAAUCUCUCACUUUUCAGCUGAAUCUCGUUGAUUCUCCAAGGUUUCUCAAACUGUAGCUCCAUUUUUCUAGCUUCAAAAUUUAAUAUCAGAAAGUAAAUAUUCCUUUAAAAAUUCAAAAAAGGAGUACUGUAGCAUCCAUACAAAACUAUAUUCCUUUAAUAUACUCUCUAGGAUACUGUAGAUCUUUUCAAAAGUUCAAAAAUCCAUUUUUUUUUCAGAGAUAAUGGAAUUUAUCCAUUAUUGGAAGUAGAUGACAUGAUUAUGAUGGGAGAUCGACCAGAUUGGAAAUGUGUUUUCACAUAUGUUCAAGCAUUCUACAAACAAUUCAGAGAUCAUCCAUAA